GAAACUGUAGAAGGUUCACAAAAUUUUGUUCGUGGGAUCAAAAACAGUCUCCAAAAUUCGACACUGUCAAAAGUCUUGGCCUCCGUAAAACUCCAUGUCAGUGGCAAUGCUCUUUUUAUUCAAUUAGGGGAUAUUUUUGGAAGAGGAGGAGGGGGAGAGAUCCCUAGAGAGAGUGAGUGAGCUGAGUGUGUGUGCGAGAGAGAGGAACGUAGCUUUGUUCCUUCACUAGAGGAAAAGCACCACUUGCUACUUGACUUAACAGUUAUGUCCGAAACAACGAAAAGAAUGGGCGAAUUUCUUGUCCUACGCUUCCUGGACAUUUAGCUAGCAUGCAUAUUUCAAACUGUUAGUUUUACUUUAUUUCAUUUCAUUUCGAAAAGACAGUUUCAAGGGACAAACAUGACGACCCCCUAUGUUGAAGGUUAUGUUAUUGUUGAGAAGAUAGGGGCAGGAAGCUACUCCAAUGUUUAUAAAGCAUUCAAAAAGGAUGGUUGUCGAGAAGCAGUUGCAAUUAAAGUUGUGGAAAAAAGAAGACUCUCCAAAUCUGCUGAGGAUAAUAUUGUCACAGAAAUAUCUCUACUCAAAAAGCUAAAGCAUCCGCACAUUGUCAACAUGAAAGACUUUCUCUACGACGGAAGAUGCAUUUACAUCAUAAUGGAAUGGUGUGGUGGUGGCGACCUGUCUGGUUUCAUCAAGAAGAAAAGGUGCCUCCCUGAACCUGUGUGCAGAAGGUUUUUGCAGCAGUUGUCUGCAGCCUUAAAAUAUCUGCGAUCACACAACGUUUGCCAUAUGGAUUUGAAACCUUCUAAUCUGCUUCUUGCACAGCAACAAAUCCUAAAAAUUGGAGAUUUUGGCUUCGCUCAGUAUUUAUCUGAUGAAGACAAGCACAAUUCAAUACGUGGUUCACCCCUCUAUAUGGCCCCAGAAAUGUUGCUGGCUAGGAAAUAUGAUGCUAGAGCUGAUCUGUGGUCUGUUGGCAUAAUAAUGUACGAAUGUUUGUUUGGGAAAGCACCUUAUUCCUCCAGCUCAUUUUCAGAAUUAGCUGACAAAAUUCGAAGUAAAGCACCUGUUGAGAUCCCCAAAUGUGCAUCAGUCUCAUCACAAUGUCGGGACUUAUUGUCAAGGUUAUUGAAACAUGAUCCAGAGCAGAGAAUAGAUUAUGAGUCAUUUUUCAAGCAUGAUUACUUGGACCUGGAGCAUUUCCCCUGUGAAGAAUCAUUACUUAAAGCUGUUGAUCUUGUCUCUAAAGCUGUAAAACUUGAUGCAGAGCAUAAGGAAAGAGAGGCCUUUAAUCUAUACUGUGAAUCCUUGUUAUAUUUUGUACCUCUUCUCAGUGCUGAAAACGAUCCCACCAAAAAGGCAGCAUAUCGAGUGAAAGUUGAUGAAUACAUUAGAAGAGCAGAAGAAUUGAAAGAUCCUGCUGCGGCUGCUUCACGCUCAGCCAACGACUCAUCAGCUUUUAGUCAGCUAUUAAAAUUGUGUACCACUUCUGAGAAAUUGUGCUCAGCUUUGGAAAUUGGUCAUACGGGAGAGAUGUACAUGACUGAAGGGCAGUACAGCCUUGCCCUGGGGAAGUUUGAAUCAUGUUUAGCAACUCUCAUGCCCCUCCUAGCUUUAGAACCAAGAGGCCCACGUCGUGACUUGCUCCAUAAGCAGGUUCAACAAUGGCUUUGCUUGGCUGAGAGCUCCAAAUCAUUGGCUGCCCUACCCGCCAUCAAGGAGAGGAGCAAUGCAACUGCUGCAUCGCUGAAAGGUAAAAAGCUUAUUCGCUCCCGCUGACAGAUUUUUGUCAAUUUUGUUUGAACGUUGUGAAAAGACUGUAGGAUGUGCCGUCAGUAGGUUCAGAAGUAACUUUUCAGAGGGUUUACUUAAAUCUGUAACUUGUCAACAAUCGUCAAAAAUUGCGUGGUUAUUAUAAUUUUUGUUGUUGUUGUUGAAGUGAUAGUUCAAUAGAGCUGUGAAUACCUGAAUUUAAUGCUCUGUGAUAAAAUUACUUUUGUAAGAGAAAGAAAUGAAGAAUUAAUUGAAUACUUAAUAAUAAUAUAAGCACUUGGAUGCUACAUCUUUCUCCAUUUAAAAGGAAAAAGGCUCUGUGAUGUUUACUCAGCAAAACUUACAUUAAUAACUAGUGUUUUUAAAUUAAAAUCUCUUAGUUGAUUGGAAAUGUCACCUGAAGCUAUUAGCUUUCCUUAUGUCUUGUUCUACUUACGUCCUUUUGGAUUGCCUCAGUUGCUCAAUUUUACUUCUUGGACUGCUUAGGUGCUUGACUGAUGCAGAUAGACUGCAAUAUAGCACUUAUUUUUAGUACACUUAAGACUGUCAAAGAUUCUUUGUAUGGGGUAUAAAACUUUGUUAUUCGUUCCUGUGCACUCCAUUAUCACCCUAAGCAUAUCCUUCUACUUUAUGUGAAUGUCACCUCCUGUUGGCUUGAUCUGUGCUUCUGUGUGUUGUAUUUUCGUCAUUCCCUUCGAGCAUUAUUUUACCACCAUGUGCCUUGGCUUUGUUUAUGUUAGCUCAAUGCGAUUUUCAAUAAAUGAUACUUUUCUACGAA